AUGGAAAGUAUUGAAUUCUCCAUCACCAAAAUGAGAGCGUUGUGCCGAAAGCAAACCAAGUUGCUGUAUUUCAAUGGUCUUGCUCGAGCAAAAGGAUCGGUUUUUUCCACUCUGUGUGUCAUUGUGGCAGGUGCUUACUCAGGACAAUCGUGUUGUGAAAGAGAUAGGCUGCUUCAGGGGCAGUACUUGAAAGAUGGGGAAGAGCUCGUUUCAUCCUUCAAUAUCUUCAAGCUCAAGUUUUUCAGCUUCAAUAACUCCAGCAACCGGUAUCUUGGGAUUUGGUACAACAGUUUGUAUCUCAAUGACAUCCAGGACAGAGCUGUGUGGAUUGCUAACCGCAACAACCCAGUUCCGGGACCCUCUGGAAGCCUCACAGUUGACUCUCUUGGCAGGUUGAAGAUUUUAACAGGAGCAUCAACCCUGCUUGAGCUGAGCUCUACAGAAACCACAGGAAACGCAACCCUAACGCUGUUGGAUUCCGGGAAUCUCCAGCUCCAGGAAAUGGAUCCUGAUGGAUCGACGAGGCGGGUUUUGUGGCAGAUUUUGACUAUCCGACGGAUACGCUUCUCCCUGGGAUGA